AUGAUUCCUAAUCAUUGGUACCGCACGAAUGGCGAGCCAUUCAAUCAUGUAGACGCGGCUUUCACGCUUGCAUAUGCUGUGAUAAUGCUCAACACCGACCAACAUAAUCCACAAGUACGGCGUAACCAACGACCAAUGCAAGCGGAAUGUUUCAAGCGAAAUUUAUCCGGUACAAAUGGCGGUCAAGAUUUUGACCAGGAAAUGCUGGAUCAGAUGUACGACGCCAUAAGAAAUGAAGAAAUUGUGAUGCCCGCUGAACAAGUUGGAAUUGUGAAGGAAAAUUAUCUGUGGAAGGUUCUGCUUCGUCGUGGUGAGACAAGUGAAGGUGAAUUUAUACAUGCUCCGGCCGGUUGGAAUGACCAUGAUUUGUUUGGUAUCAUUUGGGGUCCAGCAUCCGCUGCGCUUUCCUUUGUAUUCGAUAAAAGUGGGCGAGAAAUCAUUUUACAGCGAGCGCUAAAUGGAUAUCGUAAAUGCGCAUCGAUAGCAGCACACUAUGGGAUGAGUGAUGUCUUCGAUAAUCUCGUCAUUCAUUUGUGCAAAUUCUCCACUUUAAUGUCUACUACUGAAGGAAAUACAGGACAGAAUUUGGAAAUGCAACGUGGCGGAGUUGUACAGGAGGAUUUUUGCCAGACUGCCGAGCAGAUUGCAAUUGCUUUCGGUGAAAAUACAAAAGCACAGAUGGCAGCAAAAGCGAUGUUUCAGUUGGUUCAUGCGCAUGGUGACAUUCUCAGAGAAGGUUGGAAAAAUGUGCUUGAUUGCAUUGUUCGUUUGUUUUUUGCUCGUUUGCUUCCGGGCGCGAUAACCGAAGUGGAAGAUUUCGUCGAUCCAAAAGGAUGGGUCUCAAUACAGCGCCUUCGGCCUCCGUAA